AUGGCUUCUCUGAAAGGGAAGGUCAUCGCCAUUACUGGUGCAGCGGGCGGCAUAGGGUCGGUGACGGCCGCAAGGCUGGCAUCCAGGGGGGCUAGCCUUGCGCUGGCCGACAUGGACGAACACGCAUUGAACGCCACGGCCACAGAAAUCCGCGGAAAACAUGAAGUCGAUAUUCUCACGACGAAACUCGACGUGACCGUCUCCAAACAAGUCGACGAUUGGAUCGCCGCCACAGUCAAACGCUUCGGAAAGCUCUCUGGCGGGGUCAACCUCGCGGGGACGGUGGGGAGGGAAAUUGGCCUCAAGGCGGCCCACGAGGUCUCGGACGCAGACUUUGACCUGGUCAUGGCAAUCAAUGUCCGAGGCCUCAUGGCCUGUCAGCGAGCGCAGUUGCAGCAUAUAGACGACGGGGGGUCGAUCGUCAAUGCCGCCAGCGUUGCAGGGAAAAUAGGCAUCCCGAACUUGCUGGCUUACACUGCGAGCAAGCACGCUGUCAUCGGAAUGACCAGGACCGCGGCAGUGGAGAAUGGCCAUCGAAAUGUGAGAGUGAAUGCGGUCGCGCCUGGAAGCAUUGAUACCAAGAUGCUCGGUGUCGCUCGCGAUGCCCACAUGCCUGGCAGCGAAAAGCCACUGGCCCCAAUCAAUCGACUUGGAAAGCCAGAGGAGGUUGCAGCCUUGAUUGCAUUCCUGCUGAGUGACGAGUCCACAUACACUACGGGGGCAGUCUACACAAUCGAUGGUGGCAUGACUCCAUAG